UUCCAAGAUGGAAGGCAAUGAUAUUUUUUCAAAAAAGUGAUGAAAAUGUUCAAGAAAUAGUGAUUAUUACGCGAAUUAGUGUCUUAGCCAAAUAGUGGACCGUUUAGGAAGUUGACAUGUCGCACAAAAGUGGCUCAAAAAUUGACUUUAGGGGUUCAACAUCCAGUUGCACUGGUAGUGGUACCAAUUCUAAACAUUUUGAAGGAAAGUAUCAUGCAGACGAUGGCUUGAGGUCACGAAAGGAUAGUGCAACAAGUUCUAGAUCUAAGUCCAGGUCUGAUUCAAAGAAAAAGAGACGAAAGCGAGGGAGGUCAAGUAGCUCAAGUAGCAGCUCUUCACAUGGGAAGAAACGGAAGAAGUCCAGCUCUAAAUCACGGAGUAAGAAGAAGCAUAAAAAACACAGUAGUUCAAGUUCUAGUUCUAGCAGCAGCAGUAGUAGCAGUGAUUCCUCCUCCUCAUCAUCAUCAAGUACUGACUCGAGUUCAGAAGAAGACAGGAAAAGAAAGAAGAAACACAAAAAGCACAGAAAGAAGAAAGUCAAGAAAGAAAAGAAAAAAAAACACAAGAAAAAGCUGAAGAAAGUCAAGAAGGAAGUUGCAGGUGCAGAGAUAAUUGGCCCAUCAUUGCCUUUGAAGGAUCAAGCCAAAGGUGACUUGGAGACAGCUGAGGGUGAAUCUGCUGGUCCCAGAAUUUUGAAGCCAAUGACUAAAGAAGAAUGGGAGAAGAAACAGAGCAUCAUCAGGAGAGUGUAUGAUCCGGAGACGGGCAGGAAUAGGCUUGUGAAAGGUGAUGGUGAGAUAAUAGAGGAGAUAGUUAGCAGAGACAGGCAUAAAGAAAUAAACAAGCAAGCUACUUUGGGUGAUGGUCUGUCCUAUCAAGCAAAAGUUGGAAUGCUGAAAUGAAGAAUCGGAUGUGAUUUCCCUGGUCCUUGGAGUAGCUGGAUGUGACUUUGUCCUUUUCUCAAGACUUCGAUUGAACAUCAGUGCAGUGUUUUCUUGAUUGAACUGGAUGUGACAUUGCUGUUAUCAAUGAUGCAGGAUUCAUAUAUGCAACCUUAUCUGUUAUGGAAUUUGGGGGUUUUAGCUAGUGUUUAAUAAUUAUACAUGUACUUGAGGACCGCGCCAUGCCAUAUGAAAUA